AUGCGGUGCGCGAGCAAGGCCGCCGAGAGCGCGUCCGCACGUCUCUGUGCGGACGCCGAAGCAGAAACCGCAGCAACUGAUGUCUCAUCGGUUGCUGGAGCGACUCAGCCUGUGUCACCUGGUGAUGCAGGUGCUCGUCAUGAAGACACUCGUGUCUUCACCGAGUUUGAGCUCGGUGUCUCAUACUCUCCUGAUACGGAAGACGGAUCCGUAUCGACUGCGAUCGAAACCAAGUCACCUGCCAAGCGUGGCAUGGAUGAUGCUAUGCGUCGUAGCAUCUUUGGAUCAUCUGACGAAUCAGAUGAACCAUCGCCGAAGCGAAGGCGCUCGAGGUCGCGAGACUCGGGCGCUAACAGUGGUGUCGGUUCUCCUAUUGACACCACUUCGCAACGAGGUGCCAGUACUUCUGUCGGCACGUCGCAAGAAGAGCGGGACCGCAGUGUGUUGCGUCUCGCUCCCGAGAAGAAGGCAUGGAUGCCUCCUAAGUCCGUCAUGGAGCACUUGUCGGCGACGACGAGUGAUCGUUAUCGAACACGAUUGUUCGAUUCAUCAAGGAUCCAUCACCUUGACCCCAGUGCGAAAAACUACCGCGCUGAGAAUGAUUUCUUCAUCGAUGCUUUCUUCAAACAUCGAUGGUACAGUGGGAAUCACAAACGUGAUGGUCCCUCACUGCUUCAAGCGUGGAACGCUUACAUCCAUAACCUUGAGGAUGUAGGUCGUGACGCUUGGAACGACAAACUUAUCAAAGCUCGUGAUAAGUUUGAAAAGCGAACCCCGACAGGUGCACGCUACAAGCUACAUCGUCUGUCUAGGGAGAGGAUUGACAACCUGAAAUCCCUUUACGACCGUGCCGGGAAGACUUUCUCCGGCGGUCCUUCUGCGGCACAGGAUGUGCCGCGUCGUACUGCUCGACCAGACCCGGUACGUCAACCAUCAGUUGGGAGCGGGGCUCCCAAGUAUCCCAGGACGGGGGAUAGCCGCGCCACCGGACGAGGUAACUCGUCCGACGUCCGUUCACGUCGCGGUGGUUCAACAGCUGCUCAACUAGAUAGCGCUGGCUACCGCGAGAGUCCUCUAAUGGAGGUGGAGGAGGAAGGAGGACGCUCUCCACACUAUCAUGGGGAAGCGUGUGUUCCCGAGAGCUUCUUUGAUCGCGUAGCGCAAGCGUUACGCGGCGAUCUCGAACAUGAGCGGGACAGGCGUCUCCAACUGGCGGACACUGUCUCGAAGCAUCGAGCUGAGUUUGCCUUUGCUCAGCUUGAGAACGAGAGAGCUCUGACGUCUCUGCGUGACGAGCUAAGGGUAGCUCGUGGGGAUAUUGACCGGUCUCGGGCUGAGAUAACUGCUCUUCAGACCCUUGACGAUGGCCACCAUCGGGAGCACAAGGCUCUCUGUGAGAUGCUUGAGUGCAAGGGCGUUCUUCAUCGGAAGAAGCAGCGUACUGAUGGUACGGCUUAA